AUGCUGGCUGCCAGCUGGGCCCGCUGCCCCUGGACUCCCCGGGCGCCCGCUCUCGGCCUGGCCUGCCCCAUCAUCAUGCAAGAGAGCAGCCCGCCGAUUGACGCCGACCGCCGCAGCCGGUCCCCGGGACUGGCCAACAAUUUCUAUGAUCUCUCGACCUCCGACUUCAAGCGGCCAUACGGGGGAAGCUCGUACAGCGACGGUGAUGGUGGCUGGGUUGACGAGACCUCGACAGACAUUGUUGCCGACCCCCGCCGUAGCAUCGACGACUCCGCCUAUAUUCGCCGCGGACGUGGCUGGCGGCCGCCGCUCGGAGGGCGCUGGGUACCUCAACCGGAGCCGUUCCCGUUCGACCCCGGCUUCGUUAGGGGCGGCUUGCGCGGAGAGCCAUCGUUCUACGCCGGCGAUCGCCUCUUCGACGACGGCCCGUACUUCAGCCCGUACGACUUUGACGACUACUUCGACGACCAGUACUUUGACGACCGCUCCCUUGACCGCCGCUUCCUUGACCGCCCUUUCUCCCUUGACCGCCCUUUCUCCCGCGAGCCCUUCGAGUACGACCGCUUCUUCGGGUACGACCCAGAGUAUGACCGCGAGCCGUCCUACGACCGCUACCACGAGGGCGGCCGCUCCUGCGCACCACUCCCUCGACCUCCGAGCAGCGUCUCCUCACGCCGCUCGAUGGGAAUAGGCGGCUACGGGCGCGGCCUCGACGGCUUCCGCUCGCGGCAGUCCAGGAAGCUCCAGCAGCAGGCGGCGGACGGCGGCUACUUUGGAGCCCCCGACCGGAUGCGAGACGCGCGCGCCACAGCGUGCGGCAGCACGUGCUCGCGCCACACGUCGGACAGCGCGCUCCAGUCCGGGCGCGCCUCGGCGUCGUCGGGCGGAGAGAGCGCGAUCUGGUAG